UCGGCGGGAUCAAUGCAUUCAGAUACUGAAGUGACUUGCUCGCGGAAAAGAAUUUGUGCAUCAGCAACAUUUGACGGCGAAUUGAAUUAAAAGCUUCGCAACUUUCACAGAGUGUUAGAGAGAGAUUUGAUAAAUCAGUAAAAUCACUAAAGAUGUCUUUGCUGCCACUUCUGCUUGAUGACUUCAUUCGCCCAACGAGCCUGUUCGACCAGAACUUCGGUCUGGGCGUCAUCAAUGACGACCUGCUGCCCCACGGCUGCUUCGUGCCGCAGCGCUCGGCCCUUUACCUGCGCCCUUGGCGACACCUCGCCAGGUCGCAGAGCGGCGUCUCCAGCGUGUCCAACGACAACACCCAAUUCCAAGCCAACCUGGACGUGCAGCAGUUCAAGCCGGAGGAAAUCUCGGUCAAGACCGUGGACAACGCCGUGGUCAUCGAGGGCAAGCACGAGGAGAAGCAGGACCAGCACGGCUUCAUCUCCAGACAGUUUGUGCGCAAGUACGUCUUGCCCGAAGGGGUCGACAAGGAGAAGGUCGAGUGCAAACUGUCCUCCGACGGGGUGCUCACCAUCUCUGCACCAAAACUGGCUUUGCCACAGUCUGAGCCGGAGAAAUCCAUUCCAAUUGUCCUGACCAAUCAGCCAGCAAUGCAACAAAAGCCGAAAAAUGAAGAACCUGCUGUCGAGGAAAAGAAGAUGGAGCAAAAUUGAAUGCUAAGAAAAUUAAAUCUCUGUGUCUAAGUGUUUAUUUGCUACUUUUUAUUUAUUUCAAAAACGAGUUUAAUUGUGUUCAAGCAUCGGAAUAAUAUUAUCAUAAUAUAAUAUUGAAAUGUGAAAUUUUGUUCUAUGAACCAAAAUUGACUUGAGUGUGUUUUGUUUAACUGAAUCAGGAUGUAUCUACCACUCGAAUGUGUGUGCUCCAUAUCUGCAUUAACUUUUGAGUCUGAUUUUGAGUAUGGUGUAAAAUUAAAAUAAUUUAUUCAAGAAAUAAACACAACUAUGGAAAUUAAAAGUACUUGAGACGUUUCACUAAUUGCCUCCAUUCAAUAAGUUUGAAUAUUUACAAAUGUUU